GUGAUCGUGGCGAGUUAACACUGCGAGUUGUUGCACGCUCAGAAUUUCAGUUUUAGCGUGGAUAAAGGUGCGGGGACCAUGAGAGCUAUUAUAAUAUUCGCCGGGCUAAUUACAUUGGUAUACGCUUCUUACGAAGAGGAUCAUGGCAGCUCGACAUACCACGAAAUCUCCAAGCCCGUGGAAAUUCCAGUUUACAAAAAAUACGCCAUACCUAUUCCACAUCCAGUUCCAGUCCCCAUUCCUCAGCAAAUUAAGGUACCCAUUCCACAACCGUAUCAAGUCGAGGUGCCAGUACCUCAUCCAGUGCCGAUAGAAGUCGUGAAACACGUCGAAAUACCAGUGGAGAAGCCUGAGCCUUAUGUGGUGGAGAAGAAGGUGCCGUACGUUGUCGAGAAGCCAUAUCCGGUGACGGUGGAAAAGCACUUUCCUGUGCCCAUCCCGAAACCGUAUCCAGUUCACGUACCUGUCUACAAACACGUGUUCCAUCACCAAAGCAAAGGAGGCUGGAAGCACUGAUUUUUGUAUCCAUUUCUUCCAAAGCAAUCGAACUACUAGCCAAAUAUAACCGAAGACAGAAACAUUCCAGUUUCUCGGCAUUAUGACACUUGUAUAUAGACCGUUGUUGUUAUAUAGUCAAUCUAUUGUUACGUUGUUUACGAAAUAAAUUGUUUUUGUUUAUAUAUAUA